AAGUUUAGUUCAAGCUUCGCCCAAUUCCAAAUUCUCAGUCUCUUGGAAUAUUAGUAACAAGAGUGACGUUCAUUUUCUCAGCGCAUUAGGCAAAAAAAAAAAAAAAAUUAGGCAAAAAGAAAAUGGUCGUCACAAGUACAGCGACAGUGGAGUCUACUUAUGACCGGAAAAGUGAGUUAAUGGCUAUUGACAGAUCCAAGGCCGGCAUAAAAGGACUCGUUGAUGCUGGAUUGGCUAAACUUCCAAGAGUUUUCGUGCACGAUCGCUUGAAUCUUGAGAUUAAGUCAGGGCCUCCACCUGCCAACGUUGAGAUUCCAGUCAUUGACUUGGGAGGUGUCGACAAUGACUCCACUCGACGGGCAGAGACAACGAACCAAAUCAAAAAUGCUUGCCAGAAAUGGGGAUUCUUUCAGGUGGUUAACCAUGGAAUCCCUGUAACCACCCUGGAGGAGAUGAUCAACGGCAUUCGUAGGUUCCAUGAGCAGGAACCUGAAGCCAAAGAAGAGCUCUACUCCCGUGAUGAAUCCAAGAAGGUUACAUUCAACACUAAAAUUGAUAUGUCACAAGCCUUGACUGCCUAUUGGAGAGAUACCCUGACAUGUGUUAUGGCACCUCGUCCCCCUGCUCCUGAAGAACUGCCUGCAGCCUGCAGGGAGAUAAUGCUUGAUUACACAAACAAUGUAAUGAAGUUGGGGGUUACUCUAUUCGAAUUGUUAACAGAAGCUCUUGGGCUCAAACCUAACCACCUCAAGGAGAUUGGUUGCGCAGAGGGACUUUAUGUUAUGGGUCAUUACUACCCAGCCUGCCCUGAACCAGAACUGACUAUGGGCACAGGCAUCCACACAGACAGUGGUUUCCUCACCGUUCUCCUCCAGGACCAAAUGGGUGGUCUCCAAGUCCUACAUGACAAUCAAUGGAUAGAUGUUAUCCCCAUUCCAGGAGCUCUUAUAAUAAACCUGGGAGAUCUUCUACAGCUGAUCACAAACGAUAAGUUCAUUAGCGUCUAUCACAGAGUGCUGGCUAAAAAUGUUGGCCCAAGGAUAUCAAUUGCUAGCUUUUUCCGAACAUAUAUUCAGCCAGAUAAUGCCUUAAGAAUGUAUGGACCGAUAAAGGAGCUGCUCUCCGAAGAAAACCCACCACUUUACAAAGAAACCAAUGUGGUCGACUACUUUAAAUUCAAGCACAUCAAAGGUGUAGAAGGGACCUCUGCUCUGGCACAUUUCAAGCUCUGAAAAACUGGUUCAAGCAUAAAAUAAUUUAGAGGACGAUCGAUGAAGUUUUUCUACUUUAGUUGGACCUUCAAUUCUUGCCUUUACAUGUGUCAAUAAAUUAAUCCCGUUUAAGG